UUUUUUAGGCUCGCUUCAUCCAGGUCGCUUGCCGUCUCAUGAAAAAGGAAAAUGAAAGCGGAGAUGGAAUUCACCGAUUACAAACAUUGAAAAUAAGUUAACAUACACACCGACACCACAAAUGUACAGCGUCGCAGCUAUUUCCUGACGACUCGCCAUGAAUUAGAAGCUGUUGACUACGCUAUGAUCUCAUUCUCCAUGCUUUCAAUUGCAUGCCAUGUUGAACUAGCCACCUCCCUGUCGCAAGCAACGCCGGGGUCUAUUCAGCUAGGCUUCAGCUCAUCACCGUACUGCAGUACGUUGCAGUGACCGAGAGGAGAACCACGUUUCGGCUGCAGAAUUUGAGUGCCAUCGCGGAGCGGAUAGCAUCUGUUCACACAAUAAAUCGCUUUCUAUUUACUAUGGAAUGUAUACUAUUAUUGCCAUGGUGAUGGUUACUGACAUUGAUAUGCUAGUUAAACUAUCUGACUCAGUUUCAGUGCUUGUCUAGUGUAUCGCAACUGCAUUCCAAAGGAACCAAGAGAAUGGAUCGAGCAGGCAGUAUUCAACUGGACAUCCCUGAUUUCAGCAAUUCUGUUUUAUCCCAUCUCAACCAGUUGCGUAUGCAGGGACGCCUAUGUGAUAUUGUGGUUAACGUGCAAGGCCAGAACUUCCGAGCUCACAAAGUUGUUCUGGCUGCCAGUUCACCUUACUUCAGAGACCACAUGUCACUCAGUCAGAUGAGCACUGUCUCCCUGUCAGUCAUCCGCAACCCUACUGUGUUCGAACAGUUACUCUCCUUCUGCUACACUGAGCUCUGCCUACAGCUUGCAGACAUUAUCAGCUACCUGACAGCUGCCAGCUUUCUCCAGAUGCAGCACAUCAUUGACCACUGUACACAGAUCCUGGAAGGCAUACACCUGAAGAUCAGCCUCUCAGAUGUAGAAGAAGAGCUUGGUGUUGAAGCGGUGGCACAGUGCCACAAGGGUUCAAAUAAGACCCUGUUGUCUGUGAAAGGAGGAGGAGGACUCGAUGGGGGUAUGUCAGGGGACUCCAUCUCCCUGAGACCAAACCACACCAACCCUAGGGUCCUUGGCCAGCGCAGUGGUAGAUCUGAAGUUGGAAUCAAUAUAUGUGAGGUUGGGAGCCCAGCAGGGGAGUCGAUGAGCCCCCAGAUGGUAGAGCAUAGUGGGCUGGGCCCUGAGGGGCUGGCAGUUGAGGCAGUAACCAGCAGGCUGGGAAAGGAGCCUAUACUACGCAUUAACCGGGCAGGACAGUGGUACGUGGAAACAGGGAUAGAGUCAGAAAGGGGGGGCAGUGGAGAGGAGGGGGAGGGAAUGCAUGUCCGGGUGGGAGUGGUGGAUGGGCGGAGGAUAAAGACAGAGAGGAUGGAGGAGUGGAUUGGGUCUGAACCACAGGAAGAAGGCAGUGGGGCAGAGGAGGGACCAGCUCUAAUUGAUACUUCAAGAUGCAGUUCUAUGGUACAAGAGGGGUUUGUCUCCGGAGCCAUAGCUGCCAAGAGCUCUCUGCCUUCAAGUAGCUUCAGUGAGACGGAAAGGUUUAGCCCUACUGGAAGUGUGGUGGUCAUGGCAGACAGACAGAGAGCCAAGAGUGAGUCUCCCAGCCGAGUGGACGACCAACACCACUCCACCUUACAGGGGGAGGACCACGCAGUAUUUGACAUGGGCGGAUAUGAGGAAUACUUGCGCGAGCAGGUCGGGGACCGCUGGUUCCGCUACAACCCACGGCUCACCUGCAUUUACUGUUGUAAGUCGUUCAACCAAAAGGGCAGUCUGGACCGCCACAUGCGCCUACACAUGGGCAUUACUCCAUUUGUCUGUCGCAUUUGCGGGAAGAAGUACACACGCAAGGAUCAACUUGAGUACCAUAUCCGCAAGCACACAGGCAACAAGCCUUUUCAUUGCCACGUCUGUGGCAAGAGCUUCCCCUUUCAGGCCAUCCUCAACCAGCACUUCCGCAAGAACCAUCCUGGCUGUGCCCCUCAGGAGGUAGCCCACAGUGCCUCCCCAGAGACCACCACAGUCUCUGUCACCUCCAGAGGGGUUCACAAUGAGGAGGGUUCACCCUGCCAUGGGCAGCCUGAGGAAGGCAGCAGUGAAGGUAACUCCUUUGGAGAAGGAAUCCUAGCAUCGGUUUCCACUACAGGGCCUGAUUGACAGAGAGAAAAAAUAGACAACAGGGUUAGAGGGAUACAGAGGGUAAGAUUUUGAAUUAUUCAAACCGAAGACAACUGUAAAGGUUUUUAUUAAAGAAGCUUGGACAGAAAAGGUUGAAAAUGUAAGUGAUAGGUUACAAAUCUGUAUGGAAUUACAUUUUUUGAAUCUUUUCAAUUAUACAACAUACAGAAGUUUCGAGCAAUGCAACAGUAGUUUGCAUUGUUAUAAUAUAGAAAACUUUGCAUUACAUAGUGCAUAAAUUAUAUUUACGCUUUAAACCGCAUCUACCUUCACAAAACAGAUAAAGCUAACAUAAGAAGAAAUGCCACAUACUCCAACAACCUCAUAUACCACUGAACACAGUGAUAUUUAUUGUCUAUUUUGCCUUGUCUAUUUUUCUGUGUUACAGUUUUAUACUUUUUACUAUGGAUAUUCAUAAGAUAAUGGGGUUUACUUGUCGGAAUUUUGACAAAUUAAUUAACUUUGCCAAAAUACUUGAACUGAGUUUCUAAAAAUAAAUUAUUUUUGCCUUGAGACAAUCUUGAGUGAUUUAGGAAUGUGAUGGAUUAUCUGGCUUUCUUUCACAUACUUGCCAAUACUUAUUGUGCAACAAACGCUUAAAUGCAACAGAAAAAAGCAUUCACUUUGAAAAAAAGACAACAAAAAACUUCAAAUUCUUCUUAACCUCUUUCGCCCUGACAUAUUUAAAAUAAACAUAUCUCCACAGCAAUUUAUCUGUUAAAGAUUAUGACUUUAGGAUGACAAUGUGGGCAUUACUAUGCCUGAGCAACAGAUGGAAUGGUUGAUAAUCCUUUGUUUUUUUGUUUGUUUGUUUUUUUACCCCAAAGAAGGUAUUUCUAAAUGUGCUAGAUGAUAAAAGUCAUAGAAAGUUCCGAAUUUCUUUAAACGUUGUCCAUCAAGACAUUUCUGGGGAGAUACAAAUGGUUGUUUAUUCAGGCUUUGAAACAUAUUUUUACAUAACUUUCAGGUAAAAGAGGUUAAGUAAAGACUAUAGCAAUGAAAAGUUAAUAUAUUGUAAAGAAAUAUAAUGACUUGUCCCUGUGGAAAUGUGUAAAAUUCAAAUGAAGCCAUAUACCUUUCAAUGCAUAUUGAAAUUCCAGAACACAUGGAAACUUGAUUAUCUUCAACCUCAGAUAAGCUACAAUACAUCUGUUACCUCGUCACUACGCAAUACAGCUCUCCUCCAAACAGAUUGGAUGAUGCACUCAAAUUGUUUCUCCCAUUUGUAUGUGCUGGUUAACUGUUAACUAGUUUUAUAAGUGAAAUUUUUGCUAGUUGGGUCUUCAAAAUAUUUCUAACUUGUAUAUAUAAGGGGGGAAACUAGACAAACCUGAGGAGAAAGGACAAAUAAGGCCUUGUGGGUUUAACAUUGCCCCAAGACAGCAGGAGCCCAAUAGAGCCAUGGAUUUCUUAUCACCACCAAGAAAGACUGAAGCCUGCUCUAUGGUCUCAUCUGGAAAUUAAUCUACAAACCAAGGAGGCUUCCUUGAAACCAAAGGAAUUGAGUGGAGGAGAUUAACUAGCUAUGUCUAUCACUUGCAAAGGGGAGGACUAAAACAUAUUUUUAAGAAGUAUGUAAAGCGAUACAGACAUUUAAGUUAAAUAGAACCUAAUUUACUUUUUGGAUAUUUUUUUUCAAGGGCAGUAGCACAUUAGUUGCUAUUCUCAUUUUAGACAGAGCUGUGAAUCAUUUGUGGGUGACUGAGUGAAACAGGUUUUUUGUAACCAAAUGGUGAAAAACAGCUACUGAUAUGUUCACUGUAUGAUUUUGUUUAUUUAUUAUCAUUUUUAUACUGUUACUAGACAGAUUGUUACAGUAUCCCUCAGUCUGUUUUCUUCAGGCAAAACAGGUGCACACGACACCUGUUUAUAUCAGGUAUAUUUUGUUUACUCUCCUUAAUAUUAAGUUAACACUCCUUUGUAUUAAGACAACAAAAGUACUGAGUUUUACCUAGAAUCUUGUACUCAAAAUACCACAUCAUCAAGCUUGAUUAAUCAUCAACAUCUUGUAAACAUGCCUGUAUUAACAUUUCUUUAUGAUGUACCGUAUUUUUGGGAAAACAAGCCGCAUUUUCUAUAACCCGCACCUCACCAGAAUGGGAGCUUUAUGUUUGUAAAUCGGAUUUUAACCCGUACUGAAAUAUAUACCGCAGUUGAUACGGGUACAAUGAUACCAAGCAAUGCACGAGUAGGCUAUAGGUGAUCUUACAGCAUGCCGAAACACACUUCAGUUGUGGAAAGUAUGUCCAUGUGUGGCAAAAUCCAUUGUUAUGUCUACAAAUUAUUUUAGAUAUAGUAUAAGUUUAGCUAGCUUGCAAAUCCUUAGGAUAACCUACCGAGGUUGAAUUAGCCAAUGUCGUUAGCGAUGCUAGCUAAGGCCGUGUUCGCACUUGACUUCUUUUUUUAGAAAAAAGCGCUGCCUUCAGCGCCUUUUGAGCACUUUCAGCGCGAGAAUUCUGUAACCUGAACGGGACUCAUACAUUCUACCGAUACAUUAUUAUCCGUUAUUUUUGGCUGGUUACUUAUUGAUAGCUAGCUACUAUGACGAAUGAAAUGCAAUUACUUGCUUUAGCUUUGUCUUUUGAGGAGCCAUAGCCUGGUAACUAAGGUAGAAGGUUACUAGGGAAGGUACACGCGUACCUACUCUCCUCGUCCUGCAGCUGUCAGAAAGGUGCUUGACGUCACCCAACGCUUUUCUGAAAAGUUGAGAAAAUUGAAAUCAAAAAGGCAUUGGGCGCUGCGCUUUUUUUGAAGUUUUUAAAAGGCGGCCGCUUUUUUUAAAUGCGUCCGCCUUUUCCCAUAGGGUUGCAGGUAAAAAAGGCGCUGAAGGCAGCGCUUUUUUCUGAAAAAAUAAGUCAAGUGUGAACACAGCCUAACGUUGGUUUCCUAGUUGUAUAUAACAUUUCACUGGGUCUUGCAGCUGUUUGAUUUACUGAAAUUAUUAUGAAAAAAUAGGUUCUACUAGCCAUUUGCCAACUUUAGCAAGUCACUGUAUUUCCAAGCCCUGAUACUGUAACUGAGACGACACAGUAAAUAAUUCCUCUUUCAAUAAGCCUACGUUCCAGUGUUGAGCCUUCAAUUAGCUGCACGGUCUGUAGAGAUCUUGGGACAAAGGCACUUUUUUGUUCUAAAACCAGGCUAUAAGCCGUACAACCACAAAACUGUAAAAUCGGGGGACAAGCCACGAUUUUAUUUCUGAAAAAUACGGUAAAUAGAAUUGCCAUAGCUUUUCUCAUCUUAAACUAAUUUGUGGCAAGCUUGAUAAACGUAUCAGCAUGGUGACAUUCUUUACAAUCUUAGUCUUAGCAUUUAAGGCGAUAUUGAGACGUGCACAUACCCAAAGUUUAGUUGAAAGGGAUACAACCCAUUGAAAGUAGGGUUAAUUGUUAUUUUUCAUUUUCUUUACAAAAAACAUAACUUGGAGGGCCUGUAAGCAAUCCUGUCUACAGAAGAAAAAAUCUGUCCAGUAGCAAGGGACAGAGACAUCAUUCAAUUUAGGGUAGGGCUGCUAACCCCAUCAAGUUUUUGUUGUUAAAGUAGGUCAAAGAUAUCUAUACAGAACAAUGCAUCCAAACAUCCCAAAUCUGCAUGAGAAAGAACAUGAUCUGAUUAAUGUGAAGUGUCCAGAUAAUGAGUUUCCAAGUAAUUACAGCUUAAAAAAUCUCACCAUACAUUCCACAUUCGCUGCAUUCCUCCUUGCUUUUUAGCUAGGUUCAGCCAUGUGCAUCGAAUAAAUAAUAAAUAUUUUGGUCAAUAUUUGUUUUUAAGGGCCUCUUUUUACUUUCUCAGAACACUGCAAUUACUUACAGGUAUGGAUUUACUGCCCCCCCCCCCCCCCCACACAUGGCAAUGCAUUUUUAUUUGGCGUUUACAAUGCCAAAUAUGACUUAUACUAGAAUGUACAUGCAACUCAUGCCAAAAAUGAUUUCGAUGAUGAUUUAAAAUGAGGAACAUCUCACUUUUCUUGGGAUUUUAUGUAUUUGUCUGUUGUCUCAUCAGAUAUUCAUAACUUAUUUUCCAUGUCACGACUGAAAUAAUUGUUAAUAUGCAAUGACACUGAUGCAUAUAUAAUAAUAUUGUUGUAAGCCACAAAAUAAACAACCUAGAUACAGCACUUUGAAAAAGUAUUGAGCCCUCACUGUUUUACACGAAUAAUUCCCACUACCUUGGACUUCAUGAAUGCCACACUUUAGUAUAGUCGCAAUUAUUAUUAUUUUUAAACAUAAAAAAUUCCUCUUGAUCAGUGGAACCACAUCUCGCAGCUGUCGCAGUUAAUACAUCUGUUUCACAAUGUGAAUGCAUAUUUUUCACAAUGUGAUGGAUCAAGAUUUGUCCAUUCCUGCCAGGUUCCCGUGCCAGAUUAGGGAAUGGUGGUGGAGUCAGUUUUAAUGUCUUGCAACAGAUGUUCAAAGGAGUUAAGGUAUGGACUGUGUCUGGGCUGCUCAUGGACAUAUAUUUUCUUCAUUUUCAUCUUAAUCUUUCAUCUUAAGCAACUAAGUGUUGAUCUGGCUGUGUGAGACAAACUUCGUCCCCACUUUCUUACCAUUAAUCCAGAUUUCAGAUUGCUUUUGAAAAGAAUCCAGAGAGCAUGAUACCAUGAAUACCAUACUUUAGUAUGAAUGGUAUUACCUGGCUGAUGGGCAGUGUUAGAUUCAUGCUUCAACAUUUCAAGCCCAAAAGUCCUACUUUAGUCUCAUCAGACCACAAUACUUUUUACCACAUCUUUGAAAUAUCUUCCAGAAGACAUUUUAUGGACAAUCCUUUUCAGUCUUGCCAUAAAGGCACUUUUGGUGCAGAUCCUUGUAGAUUGUUGAGCCAUGAACGUCAUUUUAAAUCAAAGCAAGGCUGUAGUUUUGUUUUUCCACAUACUGAAUAAUAGACUACACUGAGCUCUAAUAUAUGUUCGGCGUCUUUAAGAUGGUGUUGUUGAUCUAUGUUUCUGUAUAAUUUAUCACUCUUUUGUAGACGUUUUGUUUAGUGGAAAAUGUCUGUCAUACCUCUCAAAAAGUAUGUAUCCUCUUUAUUAAUGAAACAAUACGAGGUCAAAUAUUGCACUUAAUGAGCGAAGCCUAGUUCAGACAUGGCACUCGGGCAGUGCGCCUCAUUACGCUCAUUAACUACACCUAUGUUAGCCUGCUUCAAGCCCAUUGGCCCACGUCCAAUAAGGCGGUAUUAUUAUGCAGCAGAUAUUCCUACAUUCACUCCCGGUUUCUGUAUUACUAUGCUGCUGCCACCCUCCAGCAUCUCUCCCAUGUUGGCCGGGUUUCCCAGAUUUGUUAAGAAGCUCUUAACGCUAA